GUUAUUACUAGUUAACUACAUUUCGCUAACGCUUUGUCCGUGGAUAAGUUUGAGGCGUCCCCUUUCAUGCAAAAGUCCCAGCUGCAGACUGUUCGUGUGUAAUAUGGUUUUGCGGUUUGCUUUUGGAGAGAGUAUCCCCAGCACACAUGAGGACUCUUGGACAGAACACCUCAUACGUGCAGCCAAGUAACGCCCAACGAAAAACACUUGGCUGGAUGUCAACCCCCUCCUCGCCUAUGCCGGCUCGAGGCAAACAAAGUGGCACAAUCCAAUCAUUUCGUCUCAAAGUGCAGUUGAAAAGAACCAACCGUCAAUGAAGCGGGGGUCGCGCAUCAGUCACGCAUACAAGUGGUGGCAUCAGCAAGGGGCCAUUUCCGUAAGGAGGCUACAUUUAACCAGCACAUUCCCCCCUUCGAAAGCUGGUGAUUCUCCCACUACUCUUCACUUUUCUUGGAGAGGAUUUUUUUUUGACAACCCAAGUCACGCAAUGGCUGAUUAUGCGCACCACCCAGCAGCCGAGGACGUUCCGGCAGAUGACGAUUCAUCUUCAGUUUCUGCCUCUUCUGUUGACGAUUCGCUAGUGUCUUUGCGAUCUAGCAUCCUUGACUAUCGGCGAGAGAACGGGCGUACAUAUCAUCGGCUUAGUGAUGGGAAGUAUAUGCUCCCCAAUGACGAGAAAGAACAAGACCGACUAGACUUGACACACCACUUGUGGCUUCUGACCUGGGAUGACGCUCUCUGUAAAUGCCCCAAGAAAGACGGUGCGAAACGAGUGUUGGAUAUCGGCACCGGGACGGGGAUUUGGGCACUGGAUUACGCGGAUGAACACCCCGAAGCAAUUGUCCUUGGCGUCGACCUCAGUCCAAUCCAACCCGACUUUGUACCCCCGAAUUGCAGUUUCGAGGUUGAUGAUGUGGAGAAGGAUUGGACAUGGGUAGAGCCCUUUGAUUUCAUCUUCAUCAGAUCUAUGAUCGCAAGCUUCUCCAGCUGGCCGGACAUACUAGCCAAGGCAUAUCAGAGUCUCGAACCCGGUGGCUACCUCGAGCUCCACGACCAUAUGCUCCCGCUCAAGUGUCAAGAUGGCACCAUGGCAGAAGACUUCAAGCCUUACAAGUGGAACAACUUGCUUAUUGAGGCUACGAACCAGAUCGGUCGCCCUAUCAACGUUCCCUCCACCUUUAAGCAGAUGCUAGAGGACGCCGGAUUCGUGGACGUUGAAGAGAGAAUCGUGACAUGGCCCUUCAACCCGUGGCCUAAAGACCCGAAGCUUCGGGACAUUGGCUUUUGGGCCCAGGAGACCGCACUAGCUGGGAUCGAGGCAGUCUCAAUGGCUCUCUUCACACGGGUUCUCGAUUGGGCUCCGGAGGAAGCAUGGGUUUUCUGUGCCGAGGUCAGGAACGAGCAUAAGAAGAUUGGGGUUCAUGCUUAUUAUGACGUGUAUGGAGUCUGGGGCCGGAAGCCCGAGGAGGAGAAGGACGGGAAUCCAGAACCGGGCCAGGCAUAACCACAACAGGGCUGUGAGCUGUCACUUCACUUCGUCUGCGUCCAGCUCAUCGCAUGCAAGCGCAACACCAAUGAGCUACUAGAUUACACCAACGAAAGCUUCAGUGAGACAAAGUUACUGUUCAAAACUCAAGACCAAACGGUUCAUGCUCGCUUCCGCAAGAUCGCCGCCGCUUGACCAAUACAUCGAGCGGUGAACGGCCAAGGUUGAUAAAUGUACCACCGCUGGCAAGGAAGAUUGAUCUCACUCUUUAACCAGUGAGUUCGGGUUUGGCCAGCGAUUUGGUUUCAUUUAAAAGGGCAAAGAUAUUGACGGAAUUAUCCAUGGGUAAAUACAAAGAAUGGCCGCAAUAGAUGUAUCUA